AUGGAUCGGACGUCUAACGAUCUGCGCGACUUUAAGGACGACUUGAAAGACGAGAAGAUCUACGACGAAGUUUCGGAGGAUGUCUCGAAGACAAAUGCCAAUGGUGAGAUAUCGGAACUCGCGGUGAUUGUGGAGGGCGAGGAGCGGACGACCUGGUUCGUGUGGUUGCUCGUGUGCUGCACUAGUAUCUCGGGCUUGCUAUUUGGAUAUGAUACGGGAGUGAUAUCGGGCGCACUGGUUACUAUUAGCUCCGAUCUCGGGCCCGCAGAACUAUCGUCAGGACAGAAGGAGCUCAUCACUUCCGCAACCACGCUCGGUGCACUGCUAGGUGGUCUCCUUGCUGGCAUGCUUUCUGAUUAUCUUGGGCGAAGACCUGUUCUCGCGCUCGCAGACGUCAUCUUCAUAGGAGGCGCCAUCGGUCAGGCCGUGUGCCACACCGUCUGGGCAAUGAUCGGUGGCAGGUUCACUAUCGGGUUCGGUGUCGGGAUCGCGUCUUGUGUAGCACCACUUUACAUCCAGGAGCUAUCCCCCACACGCCUGCGGGGACGCAUGGUCGCGCUGAACGUUGCAGCGAUCACAGGUGGACAGGUUAUCGCAUACGGAAUCGACGCUGCCUUUGAGAACACCCACGGCGGCUGGCGAUGGAUGGUCGGCUUGGGAUCUGUUCCUGCAGGGCUACAGUUCAUCUUCCUGUAUUUCCUCCCCGAAUCGCCGCGUAUCCUCAUCCGCCGAGGCAACCUCAACAUGGCGCACACCGUGAUGUCGAAGAUUUACGCACAUGCUACGCCUAAACAAGUUGAUCUCAAGGUCAAAGUAUUGGCUUCUGCUGUGCGCCAAAGCAUUGAGAUCACGAAGUCCACAACUUUGGUUCAGCGCUGUCGAAUGAUUCUAGUCCUUCCCGUCAAUCGUCGUGCCCUUAUCAUUGGAUGCGGUCUUCAGGCAUUCCAGCAACUUUGUGGUUUCAAUACGCUCAUGUAUUAUAGCGCAACUCUGUUCGAGGAGAUUGGUUUCAACCAGCCCACCGCUGUCGGCCUGAUUGUGUCUGGCACAAACUUUAUCUUCACGCUAUUUGCACUCAAGUACAUUGACAUCAUCGGCAGACGCAAGAUCAUGAUAUAUUCUGCUCCAGGCAUGAUCGUGGGGCUAACGCUCGCUAGCAUUGCAUUCCAUUAUCUCACACUCAAGACUGGUGGAAAUCUCGUCGAAGGAACACAUUACCCAAGAACAUGGUCCGCAAUUGUGCUGCUCGCUAUGAUAUUCUACGUGGCUUCGUACGCCACUGGUCUAGGCAAUGUACCCUGGCAACAAGGAGAGCUCUUCGGAUUGGAAGUUCGCGGCAUUGGGACCUCUCUGGCUACGAUGACGAACUGGGGCGCGAACCUGCUUAUCAACUCCACUUAUCUCUCUCUCAUGGCUAAGAUCACGCCGGCUGAGACAGCAGGGUUGAGUUUGGAAGAAGUGCAGAUGAUCUUCCAGCGUGGAUUCGGUAUAAAGGAUAGCCAGCGAUUGAGGCGAGAGAAAAGGGCACUUCUCCGAGGCGAGAAGCAUGUGCAGGCAUGA